AUGUCCCAACGACCUCCCUCCGAUCAUGGUUCAUCCUCCUCUGUCGCCAAGCUCCGCAAGAUCCCCGCCAUUCCUCUUCUCCGCGGUUCCAUAUCCAAUGCCGGAGACUCCGAUUCCGAUGAAGAAUACGGCCUUGACGAGGAUUUUCCUUAUGAACCUGACGAUUCCUCCAUCAUUAUGGCCUCCUCUCUCGGGUUGAACCACAUUCGGACGCGGUCUGGUCCUUUGCCGCAACGGACCUUGGCCGCUGGCACGCCCUCCAAUUUGGGAGAAACUUCCAGGACUAAUGCCACCGCUGGGACCGAUCCCGAGCCAAAACAUUCCUCCACUGAUCAUGGGAAAAAAGUUCUGUGGAGUCAAUCGAAAUCGUUUAGAUAUCCAACAGCUCUGAAUCAUGAUUUUGAGGUUAAUCAUGUAGCGUUUGGAAAGGAAAUUCAGUCUCCACGAUUCCGUGCCAUACUGCGUGUUACUAGUGGAAAAAAGAAGAGAACUCUGGAUAUCAAAAGCUUCUCUCACGAGCUUAAUUCCAAGGGAGUUCGCCCUUUUCCAGUUUGGAAGCCUCGGGCCUUUGGAUAUCUGGAAGAGAUCAUGGUGGCUAUCAGAGCCAAAUUUGACAGAUUGAAGGAUGAUGUUAAUUACGAACUGGGUAUUUUUGCUGGAGAUCUGGUGGAUACACUUGAAAAGACAGACCGGUCUCUGCCUGAAAUAAGAGAAGGUUUGGAGGACCUAUUGGUGGUUGCUCGGAAAUGUGCAACAAUGUCACCUACUGAUUUUUGGGCGAAAGGUGAAGGGAUUGUCCAAAAUCUAGACGACCGGCGGCAGGAGCUGCCAUUAGGGGUUCUUAAGCAAGCCCAUACCCGCCUUCUUUUCAUCUUGACACGAUGUACUAGGCUUAUUCAGUUUAGAAAGGAAAGUGGUUAUGAAAAUGAGCACAUUUUGGGUCUUCAUCAACUUAAUGAUCCAGGAAUUUAUCCAGAGAAAAUUAGGAAGCUCGAACAACUCGACUUUGGCGAUCCAUUGACUACGAAAGAAGAUAUUGAGCAGCAGCUGAAGUUGGUUGGGAAGGAUCAAGCCAGUCGCAUGGUGAAGCACCAUUCAGGUCCAAGUUUUGGUAGUAGUGCUGGAAAUGUUGAUCUGGACUCUGCCAUAAGUAAUGAUUCAUCUACAAGCACAUAUAGGAUGUCAUCCUGGAAAAAGCUACCAUCAGCAGUUGCUAAGAACCGGAAAGACACUGACACUACUGAAACACCUUCUAAGGAUAAACUUGAAACGUUGCAUGUACAUGAAGCUAAGACUGGGAGCAUCAAUCAAUUAGAUACCCCAUCUAUUCCUAUUGCGCAUUCUGAAGCACCUCCUAAAGAACAAAAACUAUCUUGGGGAAUAUGGGGUUAUCAAAAUGCUACUUUUGAGAAUCUGAUGAUAUGUCGGAUUUGUGAGGUUGAAAUUCCUACCAUUCAUGUUGAGGAGCAUUCUCGAAUAUGUACGAUUGCCGAUAGGUGUGAUUUGAAAGGUUUAACUGUGAACGAGCGCCUUGCACGGGUUGCUACAGCUCUUGAUAAAAUACUAGAGUCUUGGACACCUAAAAGUACACCGAGAAGUAGCAAUGUUUCCUGUGGAAAUUUCGAUACUGUUAAGGUUUCUACAUCAAGUAUGCAAGAAGAUUUUUUUGAGUUAUCAUCUAAAGGAAUCAAUUUGUCUUGUCAAAACUCAGAAGAUUUGCUUGAUUCCCUCCCUGUUACUGGCAACUCUUUUUGUAUGGAAAGUCAGGAUACCUUUCCUGAUCCAUCAUACAAUCGACCAUUUAAUUUCACACCAGAACACAGUACAAAAUCACUGUCAGCUGGAACUCUAACACCAAGAUCACCUCUUUUAACACCCAGAUCCAGCCAGAUUGAGUUGGCGUUGCAUGGGCGAAGAACAAUAUCUGAACUUGAAAAUUAUCAGCAGAUUUACAAAUUAUUGGAUAUUGUUCGUUCCAUUGCAAAUGUUAACAACUCUGGCUAUGGUGCAUUGGAGUCUAUGCUUGAUCGGUUAGAAGACCUUAAAUAUGCAAUCCAGGAUAGGAAGGUGGAUGCUCUUGUCGUGGAGACUUUUGGAAGGCGCAUAGAGAAGCUCUUGCAGGAAAAAUAUGUACAACUUUGUGGGCAAAUAGAAGAUGAUAAAGUAGACUCUUCAAAUGGAAUCGUCGAUGAAGAGAGUUCAGUGGAAGAUGAUGCUGUUCGUAGUUUACGUGCAAGUCCUGUUAACACAUGUUCAAAAGAUCGAACAUCGAUUGAAGAUUUUGAAAUAAUUAAACCAAUUAGUAGAGGUGCAUAUGGUCGAGUUUUCCUUGCCAGAAAACGAGCAACUGGAGACUUGUUUGCAAUAAAGGUUUUAAAGAAGGCUGAUAUGAUUCGCAAGAAUGCAGUUGAAAGUAUUUUGGCUGAACGUAAUAUCCUUAUCUCAGUUCGCAACCCUUUUGUGGUCCGCUUUUUCUACUCUUUCACAUGUAGGGAAAAUUUGUAUCUGGUCAUGGAAUACCUAAAUGGUGGCGAUAUUUAUUCCUUACUGAGAAACCUAGGGUGCUUAGAUGAAGAUAUGGCUCGAAUUUAUAUCGCUGAAAUUGUUCUUGCUUUGGAAUAUUUGCACUCCUUAAAUGUGAUUCACAGAGACUUAAAGCCAGAUAACUUAUUGAUUGGUCAAGAUGGUCACAUUAAGUUAACAGAUUUUGGGCUCUCCAAGAUUGGUCUUAUCAAUAGUACAGAUGAUUUCACAGGUCCAUCAAUCAAUGGAACUGCUUCACUUGGAGACAAUGGUCCAACAUCUCAAUCUUUGUCAAAAAGAGAACACAGACAAAAGCAUUCAGUAGUUGGUACUCCAGACUAUUUGGCGCCUGAGAUACUUCUAGGCAUGGGACAUGGUGUAACUGCUGAUUGGUGGUCUGUUGGCGUAAUCCUUUUCGAGAUGCUUGUAGGAUUACCGCCGUUCAAUGCAGAAAGUCCACAGCAAAUUUUUGAUAAUAUCAUUAAUAGAGACAUACCAUGGCCCAAGAUACCAGACGAGAUGAGUCAUGAAGCCCAUGAUUUGAUUGACAAAUUGCUGACUGAAAAUUCUGUUCAAAGACUGGGAGCUACUGGAGCCGGAGAGGUGAAGCAGCAUCUUUUCUUUAAAGAUAUUAACUGGGAUACACUUGCAAGGCAGAAGGCCAUGUUUAUACCAUCAGCAGAGCCACAGGAUACAAGUUAUUUCAUGAGCCGUUAUGUAUGGAAUCCAGAAGAUGAGGAUUUUAACUGUGGAAGUGACUUUGAUGAUCAUGAUUUGACAGAUACUUGCAGCAGUAGUUCACUUAGUAACCAACAAGAUGAAGAUGGAGACGAAUGUGGCAGUUUGGCUGACUUCGGUUCAUCAUCAGCCCUUUCUGUGAAGUAUUCGUUCAGCAAUUUCUCUUUCAAGAAUUUAUCACAAUUGGCUUCCAUCAAUUAUGACUUGGUUGUGAAGAGCAGUCAAAACUCACCAGAUGUAUCCAAGCCAUCCAUUCCUUGAAGCUAAUUCACACCAAGUUUGGCUGCUUCAUCAUCCUUUGCUUCGAAACAACUGGUAAGAAUGAAAACUUGGCAUCACUUUUAAGCUUGUUUUGUUUUAUUGCUUAGCGCAGCUCUAGUGAAGUAUUUAACCCUCUUGUAUUAUUACUGUCAGGUAAUAUGUACAUUAAAAGCAUAGUAAUAGUUCAUUCUCAGAAUUGUGUAAAUAUAUGUUCUAGUGUAAAUUAGGGAGAUGUAUUUUGAUGACUCAUGUGGAUCUCUGAAUAUGUUCUGUAAAGUACUGAAAUUCAACUCUGUACAGA